GGGCAAGCGCGGCCCCUGCGUCUGUUACCUUGUGAGCGCACUCCCGCGGCAGAGGAGCCGUCAGUGCGCGGUGAUAGCCGGGAGCAGAGGACGUCUCUGGGCUGCGGUGGCACCGGUCCAGCAGAACCAUGGCUUUCAGUAAAGGCUACAGGAUCUUCCACAAGCUGGACCCCCCUCCGUUCAGUGUCAUGGUCGAGACUCGGAACAAGGAGGAAUGUCUGAUGUUUGAGUCCGGAGCGGUGGCCGUUCUGUCCUCUGCAGAAAAGGAAGCCAUUAAGAGCACGUACAGUAAAGUCAUGGACGCGUACGGCCUCCUGGGGGUUCUCCGGUUAAAUCUCGGGGACACCAUGUCGCAUUACCUAGUGGUGGUCACCGGCUGUAUGUCUGUAGGGAAGAUUCAGGACUCAGAAGUUUUUCGGGUCACCUCCACCGAGUUCAUCUCGUUAAGAAUGGAUCCAACAGACGAAGAUCGAAUAUCUGAAGUUCGCAAGGUCCUAAACUCUGGCAGUUUCUACUUUGCGUGGUCUUCUUCAGGAGUCAGUCUGGACCUCAGCCUCAAUGCUCACCGGAGCAUGCAGGAACAAAGGACCGACAACCGCUUCUUCUGGAACCAGUCUCUGCACCUACACCUGAAGCACUAUGGGGUGAACUGUGAUGACUGGCUGCUGCGCCUGAUGUGUGGGGGAGUGGAGAUCAGGACCAUUUAUGCGGCUCACAAGCAGGCCAAGGCGUGCAUCAUAUCCCGUCUCAGCUGCGAGCGAGCCGGGACCAGGUUUAAUGUGCGCGGCACAAACGAUAACGGCCAAGUGGCGAAUUUUGUCGAGACCGAGCAGGUGAUAUACCUUGAUGACUGCGAGGCAUCAUUCAUACAGAUCCGAGGGUCCAUCCCGCUGUUUUGGGAGCAGCCUGGUUUGCAGGUUGGUUCUCACCGAGUGAGGAUGUCCAGAGGAUUCGAAGCCAAUGCCCCAGCAUUUGACAGGCAUUUCCAAACACUCAAGAGACUUUACGGCAGACAAGUCGUGGUCAAUCUUCUCGGGUCCAAGGAAGGAGAAACGAUGCUUAGCAAGGCCUUUCAGAGUCAUCUGAAGGCGUCGGAGCACGUGUCUGAUAUCCUGAUGGUGAAUUUCGACUACCAUCAGAUGGUUCGGGGAGGCAAAGCUGAGAAACUCCAUACCAUCCUUAAGCCCAAAGUAGGCAGCUUCCUGGAGGAGUGCGGCUUCUUUUACAUGGAUAAAGAUGGCGUUCACAGAACACAGAGCGGCAGCAUAAGGACCAACUGCUUGGACUGUCUGGACAGAACCAACAGCGUCCAGGCUUUCCUUGGGCUUGAGAUGCUCCUAAAGCAGCUUGAAGCCCUUGGUCUCGCAGAGAAGCCGCAGCUGGUCACCCGCUUCCAGGAAGUCUUCCGCUCCAUGUGGUCCACAAAUGGAGACUCCAUUAGUAAAAUAUACGCCGGCACUGGAGCUCUCGAGGGAAAGGCAAAGGGUGGAAAGUUGAAAGAUGGCGCACGGUCUGUUACGAGGACAAUACAGAGCAAUUUUUUUGAUGGCUCAAAACAAGAAGCAAUUGAUGUUCUGCUCCUAGGAAACACCUUAAACAGUGACUUGGCCGAUAAAGCGCGAGCUCUUCUGACCACGGGAAGUCUGCAUGCGUCUCCGAGAGUGUUGCAGAGCAUGUGUGAGAACUACUACAGGUACGCCAAACCUAGGAAGAUUCGGAUCUGUGUAGGGACCUGGAAUGUGAACGGUGGGAAGCAAUUCCGAAGCAUCGCUUUUAAGAACCAAACACUGACAGACUGGCUGCUGGAUGCUCCAAAAAUUGCCGGAAUCCAGGAGUUCCAAGAUAGAAGAAGCAAGCCUACAGAUAUAUUUGCCAUCGGGUUUGAGGAGAUGGUGGAGCUGAAUGCAGGGAACAUUGUCAAUGCCAGCACAACCAACCAGAAGCUGUGGGCUGUCGAGCUUCAGAAGACCAUCUCCAGGGACAACAAGUAUGUUCUCCUAGCCUCGGAGCAGCUGGUCGGAGUCUGUCUCUUCGUAUUCAUAAGACCCCAGCACGCUCCUUUCAUCAGGGAUGUUGCUGUAGACACGGUGAAGACCGGCAUGGGGGGAGCAACCGGAAAUAAAGGCGCAGUGGCCAUCAGGAUGUUGUUCCACACCACCAGCCUCUGCUUCGUCUGCAGUCACUUUGCAGCUGGGCAGUCCCAAGUGAAGGAGAGGAAUGAGGAUUAUCAUGAAAUAGCCCGCAAGCUUAGCUUCCCAAUGGGGAGAAUGUUAUUUUCUCAUGACUACAUCUUCUGGUGUGGAGAUUUUAACUAUCGUAUUGAUAUGCCUAACGAAGAGGUCAAAGAGCUGAUCAGGAAUCAGAACUGGGAUUCUCUCGUUGUUGGAGAUCAGUUGAUCAACCAGAAGAAUAGUGGACAGGUAUUCAGGGGUUUCUUAGAAGGAAAAGUUAGUUUUGCCCCCACCUAUAAAUAUGACUUGUUCUCUGACGAUUAUGACACAAGUGAGAAGUGCCGGACCCCUGCCUGGACAGAUCGUAUUCUCUGGAAGAGAAGAAAAUGGCCCUUUGACAGAUCAGCUGAAGACUUGGAUCUCCUGAAUUCUAGUUUACAAGAUGGGAGAAACAUUGCUUAUACCUGGAAUCCAGGUUCCUUGCUGCACUACAACAGAGCGGAGCUGAAAACCUCGGAUCACAGGCCGGUUGUUGCACUGAUCGAUGUGGACAUAUUUGAAACUGAGGCAGAAGAGCGGCAGAAGAUCUACAAGGAGGUUAUUGCAACCCAGGGGCCGCCAGAUGGCACAGUCAUGGUCUCCAUACAAAGCUCGUCCCCACAAGAAAGCUAUUUUGACGAUAACCUGAUCGAUGAGCUGCUGCAGCAGUUUGCAGGCUACGGGGAGGUCAUACUUAUAAGGUUUGUCGAUGAUAAAAUGUGGGUUACGUUCCUUGAAGGAAGUUCUGCUCUUGCUGCUCUACACCUUAACGGCGUGGAGAUAUCAGGGAAAACGAUGAAUAUUCAGCUGAAGAACCCAGACUGGAUCGCUCAGGUGGAGGAGGAGAUGAGUUUGGAGAGGAUCACCGUCGCCUUGCCUUGUUCUACCAGCUCUACGCUGCUGGAAGAAGAUGCAGACGUUGCUGCUGACUUCGACAUGGAAGGUGACGUGGAUGACUACAGUGCAGAAGUAGAGGAAAUCCUCCCUCAGCAUUUACAGCCGUCGUCGUGCUCCACCAUGGGCUCAUCCCCUAGCUCUUCUCCGCGUUCAAGUCCGUGCCCAUCGCCCACCAUGCCAGAGGGACCCCCUCCUGCUCUGCCUGUACGUCCAAGCCGGGCACCUGCAAAGACACCAGGACCCCCCGUCUGCUCAUCUCAAGGUUCUCCAGUGGACUUCCAGCCAGUGGUACUAAAGGAAGCUCCAUCUCUGACUCUGGAACCCAAACGAGCGCCUCCUCCAAGACCCGGGGCCCCACCGGCGCGUCCAGCUCCCCCGCAGCGUCCGCCUCCUCCAUCAGGUGCUAGAAGCCCCGCGCCAGCUAGGAAAGAGAUUGGAGGUGCGGGUGCUCCUCCCAGCCCAGGGGUAGCUCGCAGAGAUCCCGAAGUUCGUGGGCCCCCUCCUCCCCAGCUUGGAGCCCCGGUGACUGCCCCCUGUGCUUCAGUGAGGCCGACGAUACCUCCUCGUGCCGGGGUUAUUAGUGUCCCUCAGAGCCGACAUGCGCAGUCCAGACCAAAUCCUGAGGCCCCAGUGAAAGCUGCUGAGCCAGCCAAAGCAAUUCCUUCUCUUCCAGAGCCCAUGAAACCCCAACUUGCAGCCCCCCUCCAGUCCAGCCCAACUUCCCAGCCACCCUGCCAAAAACUGCAAGAACCUAUGUUACCUACCGCGUUCCAUCCUUCUUCGCAAACGCCCCCAGUGCAGAGCUUAGACCCUCCACCACAACCGCCUCCUCGUAGCCGCUCUGCCCAGAAUUUGCCCUCGGAGCAGGCCCCUUCUGAACAGAACGAAGCUCAUGAAGUCGAUGGCUUUACAAGUCAGUUUAACAGUGAGCUAUAUGUGGGCUUGGCAUUUGAUCAACUUCCUAUUUUAAAGCUGCCAGCGCCUAUUCACAUACCACCACCACCACCACCAUCCUCAUCAUCAACAACCUCAAAGGAGCCAAUACUGUUGCCGUCUUCAUCAGCAAAUAACCUUCAUAUCCUAAAUAACAUGAAUUGCAUGCCUGCUGCUCUUCCUCCAAUCCCAGCCCGUAGCGGAUCUCGGGACAGUCUGAGGAUAUCACCCAACCCAUUUCUCAAUAGAUCCAAUACCUUGCACACAGCCAACCCAUUCACGGAAAGAGCAGCUGAGGCACCAAACCCUUUUACGACCCAGACCACCAUACCUACCACCGUACCAGCUGGUAUAUUCGAUCAGUCUCAUUCUGUCAGCGAACCUGAGUUGCCGCAAAGCCGGCCGAUGUUUACCGUGGGUCCAGCAGAAAAAAGUCUCUCGUUGCCGCACAACUUCUCCACAAUGCCAGGCCCAAAUUCCAAAGGUUGGGUGACUUUUGAAGACACCAACUUUAUGACUAACGCAAACAGGUCAACACCCAGCAAUGGAGUGGAACUGAACCUUUCUGGAUUCGACAGCAACUGGAACACUCUCCCAGCUGGAUCUUCACUGACUGCGCCUUUAAGAAAGCCACCAGCCCCUCCACGUGUCCCGUCAAGAACAAAACUUGAACCACCCUCUGCCAAACUGCCGGCAAACCCUUCACCAAGUUUUGAUUUUGCAGACCGGUAACCAGGACAUUACAUGGCUUCUCGCACAGAACCACUAUUUUUAAUAUCCUUAUUUUCUCGGUAUAUGUGGGCGACCUAUCCAAUGCGACUUUCUUUUUGGGAUUGGUUCUUGUAAAGUUGCAUGCUCUGCAUAAAGCCAUUUAAAGCGAACCUGUUAUUGGGACAGGACCCAUUCAGAUUUGGGCAUUUGUACAAUAUGCUAUCAAAGAUUAACUUGAGGGUGCAAAGGUCCCGGAAAACACCGGUCAAGUGGCCAAUUGAAAAAUCUUCUGAUUCUUAAAGUGGUCUGCUGAAUGACAGAGACUUCAAAGAAGAGAGGAGCGUAUAUACUGUUUAGUUCCCUGCUUGAACUUUUAAGGGUACAGUUGUGUUAUUGGGGCUUGUCCUGGUCUCACUUUCCCUUUAAAAUGUGGGGGGGGAAAUUAUUUUUUUAGUAGGAAACUACUAUUAUGCUUUAAGUUUACUGCAGUAACAGGUAAACCACUUCAUAUCA